AUGGACAGAAGCAGCUUUUACUCGUACAUGUGCGAGUUGUGGGUAUCCUACCUUUCAUCCCGACAGACCGCCAACGGGCGCUAUCACGUCCGCCAGACCAACCUCAACGAGGCGACCCAGGUCCAACCCCUGACCUUCAGGAGAUGGCUGGAUAACGUCUGGGCGUUCACGUUCUAG